AUGCCUUCCAGUCGCGGGAAGAAAGUCGUGGCUAGCCGACGUCGCCGGGAAGACGACGGAGAGGAAGAAGGCUCGAUGGCGGAGGAUCUCGAAGAUGAUUCGUUGAGCGAGGGAUCCAUUAUCAGCAACGGUGACGAUGAUGCUGACAUCGAGCCAAGCGAUAUUAGCGAAGAAGAUGUCGUCCAAGCACAAAACAAUCGAAGCGGGCCUGCGCAGCCGGAUCCUACUCUGACCACAACAAAACCCAAUCUUGAGGAGUCAAGUGCUAAGGCUACAAGCUCAAAGUUUGUUACUUUAUCGGAUACGAAUACUAUGAUGAAUGGUCUCAAGGUCUCUGAGGGAAAGGAUAUACCAGUGGUUGAUUCCGACCAAGUUGUGGCCGAGACCACAGACUCUGUGGUUGAGAGCUCAAUGGAACGCGCCAAAAUCUCCGUGGAUCCGCCGGCUGAGAGAAGCCGGAGAGAACAUCUGGAAUACCUGAAAGAGAAGAUGGAAAAUCCAGCUUUCGUGCCUAAUCGAGGAGGUUUCUUUCUGCACGAUAACAGAGCAGCAUCUUCUGGCCAAAAUGGGUUUAGGGCCCCUGCCAGGGGACGAGGUCGUGGAGGCUUUAUUGGCUUUCAAACAAGUCGAGUACCUCCUUUUGCCGAGCCAACAGAUCAACCAUGGGCACAUGACCUGCACGAGUCAAUCUCAACCACGGAUACCAAGAAGCCAACUGCAAGCCAAACGUCAGAGAAUGCUAAAAUCAGAACAACCACCGCUCUACGUAGCUCGAGCCAAGACUCGCCAAACAGAUCGUUCUCUACCUCUAUCUUACUUGGAAAGGUCCCAGUCAUCAUUUAUCUACCGGGCAUGCGGGAGAAAGUGACAGUCCCAAAUGUGGCCAAAAAGAAACACACACUAUUGCCGCAACACAGACCACCCUUAAGGCGAGAUAAACCUGUCAGGAUCUCUCUGCCCAAUCAACAACCACGGUACAUAUUUCCGAGCACAGAGCGAUCGUUCAUUUUCAUUCCCCGCGCUCUACGGCCCAACCAGCAGGGAUUUGGACGAGGCAGAGGCAGAAGCAGCUUCAACCCAAGCCGUAGAACGAGCGUUUAUGGCGGCAGCACCUAUACACCAAGUAUCGCCAUGAGCCGUAGAUCUUCGUUGGGCGGCAUCGCGCCGGGAGAAGGGAUCCGAUCUCCAGGUGGACCGGUGCUGUCGCUGCCUCCGAAUUAUGUAGCCGAACAAGGCAAGCCUGUCGUACGAUUUCCGCCUGCUGCUCCACCGAUCUCUAUGCUGCCUCAAGCAACCCCACACCAUGUCAACGGUGUCCCGACUGCACCAGGGUCCGUGCAACCUAUAAUACAGAGUCAUGACAAGCAAGAAAAAGUUCCCGGUGCUCUGACGAUGCAUCAGCCCCGACCUCAGAAGACAGUUUCUGUUGCAGAUAUCGAGUCGCCAGCGAGGCUUACUUUCGAUCCGCCUCAGCAGCAACAAGAACAGCCAUUCCAUCAACAAAUGCCAGUCCCGGUCCACCCUCAUGCGUACGCAGACGACGGUACUGGUUACCACGCUCAUGCAAGACGAAUGUCCCAUGCCAGCCGGCCUAGUGGGACGCCAUUGUCGCAGAUUCCUGAAAGGGCGAUCUAUGCACAGCCAUUUCACCCGUUCCCGUUACCAGCCCAAGCACAAGGAUAUCUUCCCUCUCCCUAUGCCCCUGGGGCUGUCUUCUACCCUGCCAUGCCGGGUGACGUUACUGGUUAUGGGCCCAGCUUGGGCCCAUCUAUUCCUCCAGCGUUUCUCACUGGCGCUCCGGCUCCACCAUACAUGCUACCUGCUGCAACGAUGUCGGCGCCUGUUCCGGUUCCGGUUCCAGUUCCUGCUCCUGCUCCUGCAGCUCCUGCAGACGGUAAUGCGCCUGCUGGCACGGUGGCUCAUGAAUCGAAUGGCAUGGUGUAUUACUACGACUCCUCACAGUUACCACCUACAACUGGCGCCCCGUACUCUGCUUCAUUUACCGGAGCUUCCGCCGGUGGUGUGGUUGGAAUGGGUGGGAUGAUGACUCCUCCCAAUCACUUCUUCUAUCCGCCCGCCAGCAACGGAAUUUACUACACCGCGCCAUAA